CAGUUCCACGAUAGGAUAGAUAAGAGGUCUUUGUUUGAUUUCGGCCAAUAUUUACAUGCCACAACCACUAGGUCAAGAUAUUUUUUAGUGUGAACCUAAUAAUUAAUUACCUACCUACUCAUUAAAAUGGAUGACCAUCAUGAUGACGUGAAAUAUGAACGAGUUUCAGCACACGAUCAUUCAUCAACGCAGUGUCCAUCGGAGAACAUGAAAAAACUGAGUGACAAUGUGAAAAUUAACUUAUAUGAAGGUGAUGAGCAAGGAAAAGGAUUAUUUUUAUACAUCGCCGUGUGCGUAGCAAAUCUCACUUCAUUUGUCAGUGGGGUGGCAAUAGGAUGGACUUCGCCAGUCAUUCCAAAAUUAAAUGGGGAAGUCGAACCGGAGAGCAAUCCUCUGUCCACACCCAUAACAAUAAACCAACAAUCUUGGCUGGGGUCUUUGUUACCGCUCGGUGCCGUCUUGGGACCUUUCGCCGCGGGGUUAUUCGUGGAUACAAUCGGGCGCAAGAAAUCAAUUCUAAUUUCAACGUUACCGUUCAUGGCGGCCUUCUCCAUGGCAAUAUUCACGCAUGACAUCAACUUAUUCUAUCUAAUGCGCUUUUUAUGUGGAUUAGCAAUGGGAGGCGUCUUUGCCAUUUUACCGAUGUACGUCGCCGAAGUGGCCGAAGAUUGCAACAGAGGGGCGCUCGGUUCACUGUUCGCCCUUUUCAUCUGUAUCGGCAUUUUAUUCGCAUACUGUAUCGGACCGUAUGUUUCACUAACUGUUUUUAAUAUCAUCUGCGUGGUGCCAUCCGUGAUCUUUUUUCCGAUUUUUCUCCUCUUCAUUCCAGACAGCCCUCAUUAUUUAAUAUCCCGCGGUGAUUACGCAUAUGCCGAAGAAGCGUUAAUGAAAUUUCGCCAAAAGUCUAGAUUAGGAGUGCAGAAGGAACUUCUAGAAAUCAAAGACACUGUUAAUGCAUCUAUGCGCAAUAAGGGUAGAUUAAUAGACCUAUUUAGGUCGAAAGGUUUAUUACGCGCACUGAUGAUAUCACUCGGCUUGGUAGGUUUCCAGCAGCUCUCUGGAAUAAACAUAGUUCUUUUCUACACGCAAACUAUCUUCCUCCUAGCAGGGACUACGAUUCCAUCAGAAAUAUCAACAAUAAUUGUCGGUGUAGUUCAGAUAUUGGCCGGCUCUUUAACUCCUCUUCUUGUCGAACGGACAGGAAAACGAUUGAUCCUCAUCUUCUCCGCUGUAGGCAUGGCGUGCGCCAUGGCUCUUCUGGGCUUAUACUUUUACAUCCAAAAUAGCCCAAUCGCAAAGAGCCACCUUUUCUGGUUACCAAUCGCAAGUCUCAUUUGCUAUAACAUUUCUUACUCUGCCGGAUUCGGUCCAUUACCAUGGGCCGUACUAGGAGAAGUCUUUCCGGCUAACGUCAAAUCGGCCGCUUCCACCCUAACGGCAUCGGUUUGUUGGUUGCUGGCGUUUAUUAUUACAAACAUUUUCGGGGUCGUGAUCGAGACAAUCGGAAUUUACGGAACUUUUUGGUUAUUUUCCAGUUUUUGUAUUGUAGCGGUCUUUUUUGUAUACUUUUUGUUGCCAGAAACGUCGGGGAAGACUUUACAAGAGAUACAAGCCAUUUUGAAUGGCGAAGGUGCCUGAAGGUUUACUGUUAUAGUUUAUUUAUUAUUAAAUGAAAUUAAAAACUUUAGGUAAUCCUGCUUAGCUAUAGUAAUAAAUCUUCUUUGAACUUUA